AUGAUUUUAAAUGUCCUCAAUGGAAGAAAUUACCGCGCACGCAUCACCGCUAUCCUAAAACCCAAGUAUGUGAAUCGCUACAAACACUUUGCUAAAAACGCCUAUUUAGGACUGCCAAUCAGUAACGGCCGUCUCUUCGACGUUGAUCGUCAUUUUGUGCGACGAAAACGUCGCGCUUCCGGAGAACGACGUCGGAUUGCUGGCGUGCGAGGAAUCGCUCGCGACUGUGGCAUCGCCUGCCAUCUGCGUUUGCGAUCCAUCGACCUCGUCUACCCUAAGCACUCUCAUAAGUUCUCACACAGGUCACUACCAGUCGUCGAAAACGCGGACGUGGUGCCUCUCGUGCAGUACCUCGACAGCGACUCGUCGGCUCGAGCGCGACUCUCCCGUGCCGCGAGCGAUUGUAUAUACCGAGCACGAGUCGUCGAUGCCGAAGACUCGAGCAUCGUCAACCUCUGCGACAGUGACAAUGGCCUGGUGAGUUAUUGGCUCAAACUAGAUUAUUGAGA